UCUGCAUUAAACUAUUCUAACAGUAUAUAUUCAUAAUGUACAUAUUAACAUGUAGCUAUAGGUCUGCAUUCAACUAUUUUAUGUUUUGGCUGUAAGAAGUCAGAGAAAACAUAUUUGCUCAUCUUUAAAUGAAUAAACAAUGUAGUGAAUAUUUUUCUAAACUGCGUUACCCAUUCCAGUCAGCUGACGGCGAUAUGCGACCUUCAGAUGUUGACGUCAUAUCUAGUGGACCAACACGACACCGGAAGCUGUUUCAACAACACGGAUACUGACUCAUUCAACCACCUCUUUAGCCUUGUAGCCAACAUACAACCGAAAACAAGCUCUUUCGACCAUUUUUGUGAAUGUUGGUCUCGGUGUUUUUAAACACAAUCCUCUUUAUUAUCUACUAUUUAACUUAAAGUAAUUUGCUUGUUAAAUGUACAAAUGUGUUGAUUAUACUGAGUCAAGCACUAAGCUUAUCGUUAAUGCUAGCUAGCCCGACCAUGAACUCACUGAACGACUACCCUCCUGUUAAAGAAGAGGAGGUCUGCUGGGCGGAGAAAGAAGCUCUGGGGCUGAACAUUGUCCUGAAAGAAGAGAAGGAUGUUACAGUAAAAGGAGAGGAAGAAGCUUUCAGAAUGAAAGAGGAGGAAGAGGAGGCCAUCAGUAUCACAUUGAAAGAAGAGAAGGAUGCUACAGUGAAAGAAGAGACAGAACAUUUUAGAGAGGAAGAGGGGAUAGAGGCUGUCACAGUGGAAGAAGAAGAGGGGAUAGAGGCUGUCACAGUGGAAGAAGAGGAAGUAGAAGUUUUCAUAAUGAAAAGGGAGGAAGAGGAGGCUGUCACCUUGAAAGAAGAAGAAGAGGAGGAUGUUUUGGGAGAUGACGGAAAGGAAGAGGAGACUGAAGAUCUGAUUAACACCAGAGAGAGACCAGACUCUCACUCUGACAGCGGAAAGAGUCCUUCAGGGGAACCAGACCCAGAGACGCCCAAACCAGCGAGACGACACCACUGCUCCCAAUGUGAAAAGAGAUUUUCCCAAUCAUGGGCCCUAAAAAGGCAUGAGAGGACACACACAGGAGAAAGGCCUUUCCAAUGUUCCCAGUGUGGAAAGAGUUUUACUUUGAUAGGAAACAUGAGGGAGCAUAAGAGAAUACACUCUGGAGAGAAACCGUUCCACUGUUCCCAGUGUGGAAAGAGUUUCGCCUGGUUAGGGAGCCUGAAGCAGCAUGAGAGGAUACACACAGGGGAAAAGCCUUUCCAAUGUUCCCAGUGUGGAAAGCAGUUUACCCAGUUAGGGACCCUAAAAGAGCACGAGACAACACACGCACAAGAAAAGCUCUACCAAUGCUCCCUGUGUGGAAAGACUUUUAUCAAUUUAAGACAUCUGAAUAAGCAUGAAAGAAUACAUACACAGGAGGAGAAGUCAUACAACUGCUCUCAUUGUGGAAAGACAUUUUCCCAGUUAGAGGACCUGAAAACACAUGAGAGAAUCGAGAGACUGUGUUCUGACUUGUGUUUUUGACCUGAGAAUUUAGGUUUUUUGUUUUUGCCAAAUUAAAUCAUAUUGUUUAUAUGAAAUCAUUAACAAAAUAGACCUACUUUUGUUUAAAUUUUCAUCUGGAGUUGAUAAAUAGAAUGUGUUUUGAUUAUGAACUUUCAUCAAGUAUAAUAAUAUAUAAUCUCUAAUAUUAUAUUUUUUGCUAAAUGUUAAUUAUUAUAUAGAUGAAGGGAGUUUUGCAUUUCUUGAAUUUAGUUAAUUUUGUUUCAUUUAGAUCAUUUGUCAUCAAGCUAUAGGAUGAAGUUGUUGACCUGAAAAACAUGAAUGUUCCCAUCAAUGUUAUUCCACUAUGUAGAAGCAGUAUAGAGCUAGUUGUUUAUUUUGAUAUUAUCUGUUGACUGAA